AACUUCCACUAAUGAUUCUAUUUUCCUAAUCUUGAAAAUUUUAGAACUUGGCUUCAGAGCACUCAACGUGACAAAGGAAAAGGAGGCAGGGGAAAAAUCCACAGCUUGGGAAAAAGACUCCCGUCAAUUUGUCAGUAGUCUCUAUGAACAAAAUGGCCGAGGCAAUUCGAUACUUUGAGCUGAACACUGGAGCUAAGAUUCCCUCUGUUGGACUGGGAACAUGGCAGGCUGCACCUGGUGUUGUUGGCAAUGCUGUUGCUGCUGCAAUCAAGCUUGGUUAUCGGCAUAUUGAUUGUGCUGAAGCCUAUGGGAACCAAAAAGAGAUUGGUUCUGUUCUGAAGAAGCUGUUUGAUGAUGGUGUUGUGAAGCGUGAUGAUCUUUGGAUCACCUCCAAACUCUGGUGCAAUAGCCAUGCACCAGAAGUUGUACCAGAGGCAUUAAAUAAUACCUUGCAAGACUUGCAGCUAGACUACCUAGAUCUCUAUCUAAUUCAUUGGCCUGCCAGCAUGAAAAAGGGAGCAGUCGGCUUUAAGCCUGAGAACCUAACCCAACCUGACAUACCCAGUACAUGGAGAGCAAUGGAGGCACUCUAUGACUCUGGCAAGGCUCGAGCUAUAGGAGUAAGCAAUUUCUCUUCAAAGAAGCUUGGAGAUCUGUUGGAGGUAGCUCGUGUUAGUCCCGCUGUACUUCAAGUGGAAAGCCAUCCUGUCUGGCAGCAGCCUAAGCUACAUGAAUUCUGUAAAUCCAACGGAGUUCAUAUAACUGGGUAUUCACCAUUGGGUUCCCCAGGCACAGGGACCAUCAAGACGCAGGUCCUCAAGAAUCCAGUUCUGAAUAUGGUUGCAGAGAAAUUGGGCAGGUCCCCUGCUCAGGUUGCCCUCCGUUGGGGGCUGCAAAUGGGUCACAGUGUAUUGCCUAAGAGUACAAAUGAAGUGAGGAUCAGAGAAAACUUUGAUGUUUUUGAUUGGUCUAUACCUGAAGACUUGUUUGUCAAGCUUUCUGAAAUUGAGCAGGAGAGGCUGGUCAGAGGCACUGGAUUCGUGCAUGAAACAUACGGGGCAUUCAGGACCAUCGAAGAACUCUGGGAUGGUGAGAUCUGAACACACACCAGUGUUCGAGAGCCUAAGCAAGCUUACUCUUUACAGACGUAUUUUCCCCCACAAAGUUUGUUUUUAAAUGUCUAAGAAGAAAUUCCCGUAGCACUUGUAAAGCAGAUUCAUGGUGCUGCUAAAGUUUAAUAUAAGUGAAGGAAGCAUACUACUUCUUGGAUGUAAUUUUCUGAUACUUAUGGUGAACUACAACCUGAUGGCACAUGUCUUCCAUUGUAACAAUUUAAAGACCCAUUUUUGGAAAAAAAAAAAAAAAGGUAUGCAAGAUCAUUUGAUUAUGCUGAUCA